GGAUCAUUUUAUUUAGCAGACGAAACAAGCCGAUUCCACUCCUCUAUUUCCAAGUUCCAACGUCAUCUACAUAUGUGUGUCUACUGAUUGUUAUUUAUUUAUCAGUAAAAGUUAACAGUAAUAUAUUUUCCCGCUGAAACAAGAUCAAUAUGGCUAAUCCAAACGAUCCAAAUUAUUAUUAUGGACAGUCUGCUGGUAUGGCUCAACCUGGUUAUGGCUGGGGAGAUGCUAACCAAGGAGAAGGAAUCUCUUUUGACAUGGAUUCAAAUUUCGGGCAAGAGCAGCAUUUCCAGUCAUUUGAUUAUUCUCAAACAUCAGCUCAUACAAAUACUAUCCCUGACACAAGCACCUCAGCUGGACUUUAUCCACCACUACAGCAGGCUUAUGAAUCAUCAUACAUAGGAUCACCACCAACUGUGUAUGGUGGACAGCAGUUUCUGAACCCAAAUGCCUCUUCGUUCCCAGCCUCAACUGUGGCUUCCACUGGAACUGGAUUUGAUGAUGAACCCCCUCUGCUUGAAGAACUUGGGAUCAAUCCUGACCAUAUUUUUCAAAAGACGUUAGCCGUACUGAACCCCUUGCGAGAGACUGAUGCCUCAAUUUUGCAAGACACAGACCUCGCUGGACCACUCGCGUUCGUCCUAGCUUUUGGAGGAUUCCUCCUUCUGUCUGGGAAGGUCCAUUUUAGUUACAUCUAUGGGAUAGGCGUACUUGGUUGUCUGGCGAUUUACGCUAUGCUCAACUUGAUGGCCGUAUCGGGCGUUUCCAUUGGAGUCACCGUCAGUGUCCUAGGGUAUUGCCUGUUACCCAUGGUCGCACUCUCAGGAAUCAGCAUUCUAAUAUCACUCCAGGGACUUCUCGGUAUUGUGUUGACGGCACUGGCCAUCCUAUGGUGUUCGAUUUCAGCUUCGAAAUUGUUUGUAACAGCCUUAACUAUGGAUCACCAACAGCCGCUAGUCGCAUAUCCGUGCGCAAUGUUGUACGGCGUUUUUGCUUUGCUCACAAUCUUCUAAAAAAAACGAAUUCUCCAUUUCUUUCUUUUACUUUCCAGCUAUUUUGUUUUCUUCUUUUUCCUUCUAAAAUAUGUUAAAUUUACUUGCCUUCUCCAGCUUUCGAAAGAUAAUUUCCUUCAUCGUGAUGAAUAUACUGUACUGACUGAUCA